ACUUAGUAUAUUGAAGGUUAUUUUACAAGUGAAGAUUAGGAACGAUUAUUGACUCUGCUAACAAAUGAGCGAAUGUUUUUGUUUUAUCCAGUGAUUGAAUCAUAUUUGAUCAUUUUCAUUUUUAUAUUAAACUAAGGAUGUUUUUAUAAUUUUUAAGUACAUAAUGUAUAUCAAACAGGUAAUUAUACAAGGAUUUAAGUCAUAUCGUGAACAAACAGUGGUUGAACCUUUUGAUCCUAGACAUAAUGUAGUUGUUGGAAGAAAUGGAUCUGGAAAGAGUAACUUUUUCUAUGCAAUUCAGUUUGUUUUGAGCGAUGAAUUUUCUCAUCUUAGACCUGAACAAAGACAAGCUUUAUUACAUGAAGGCACUGGACCUCGUGUUAUUUCUGCUCAUGUGGAAAUUAUAUUUGAUAAUUCUGAUGGAAGAUUACCGAUUGAUAAAGAUGAAGUUUAUUUAAGAAGAGUGAUUGGAUCGAAGAAGGAUCAGUAUUUUCUUAACAAAAAAAUUGUUACAAGAAAUGAUGUAAUGAAUCUGUUAGAGUCGGCAGGUUUCUCAAGAUCAAAUCCAUAUUACAUUGUAAAGCAAGGAAAGAUAAAUCAAAUGGCGACAGCUCCAGACUCACAGAGAUUAAAGCUAUUAAGAGAAGUUGCUGGUACAAGAGUAUAUGAUGAUAGAAGAGAAGAAUCCAAAUCUAUAUUAAAAGAAACAGAAGGGAAGCUUGAAAAAAUAGAAGAUUUUUUGCGUACCAUAGAGGAACGAUUAAAAACUUUAGAAGAAGAAAAAGAGGAGUUAAAGGAGUAUCAGCGUUGGGAUAAACAGCGACGAUGUUUAGAAUACACAAUUCAUGAACGUGAACUUAAGGAGAAUAAAAGAAAACUUGAAGAACUCGAAGCAUCUCGUGCAAAUAGUGGUGCUGAACAGGCAAGAUUAGGUGCUGAAGCAAAAACUGCACAAGAAAUGGUACGAGCAGCAACUAAACGUCUCAAAGAAGCUAAAAAAGAAGUACAAUCGGCAAAAGAAGAAAGAGAUACCUUAAGUGCUGAACAACAACAAUUAUUAAAAGAAAAAACAAAAUUGACGUUAACUAUUAACGAUUUAUUAGAAGAAGUUAAGGGUGAUAAUGAUAGUAGAAAACGGGCACAACAGGAAUUAGAAAAAUUGAAAGUAAACAUUGCAGCUCGUGAAGCAGAAUUAGAAGCAAUUAAACCAGAAUAUGAAGAAAUGAAACGCGUUGAAGAAGAGUGUACAAGAGAAUUACAACUUAAGGAACAAAAGAGGAAGGAACUUUAUGCUAAACAAGGGCGUGGUAAUCAAUUUACUAGUAGGGAUGAAAGAGAUAAAUGGAUACAAAAUGAGCUUAAGCAAUUGGCCAAACAAAUAAAAGAUAAAGAAGAACAUCAGAAAAAGAUUAGUGAGGAUUUAAAAAAGGAUGCAGAAAAACAAAUUAAUUUAGAAAAGAAAAUAGAAGAGCAUACACGUGAAAUGGACAGACAACGUGCAUCGAUAGAUGAUCAUAAUAAACAAUAUUAUGAAUUAACGAAAGCAAAAGAUCAAUGUCAAGCAACGAGAAAAGAACAGUAUCGCCAAGAAAGUGUAUUACAGCUGAAUUUGUCAGGAUUGAAAGAAGAUUUAGCGAAAGCAGAUCAAAGUUUACGUUCUAUGGCUGGAAAACCUAUUCUUAAUGGUAGAGAUAGUGUACGAAAAGUACUUGACACGUUUCGUGGACGUAACGAUAUGGCCCAUGAGGUAAGUAGUUACUAUGGGCCAGUGAUAGAAAACUUUAAUUGCGACAAAAGUGUUUAUAUGGCUGUAGAGGUAACAGCUGGAAAUCGAUUGUUUCAUCAUAUCGUGGAAACGGAUAAGUUUGGCACUAAAAUUCUAAAAGAAAUGAAUAAUCAACGUCUUCCAGGAGAAGUUACGUUUAUGCCUUUAAAUCGUCUUCACAUUAAGAAUAUAGAUUAUCCUAAUACUACGGAUGCUAUACCAAUGAUAUCUCGUUUAAAUUAUGAUCCUAAAUAUGAUAAGGCAUUGAGGUACAUUUUUGGGAAAACAUUAAUUUGUCGUAAUUUAGAAGCAGCAACGAAUCUCGCUCGAACAUCUGGCUUAGAUUGUGUAACACUUGAAGGUGAUCAAGUAUCGUCAAAAGGCUCUUUAACUGGUGGAUAUUUUAAUACUUUAAGAUCACGACUUGAAAUACAAAAAACUCGAUCAGAAUUAAUGGCACAGAUCUCUACUCUUGAAACUCAAUUAUCAACUCUUAAAGAAGAAAUAAGAAAGGCUGAUCAAAAUAUUAGUUCUUACGUUAGCGAAAUGCAACGUACAGAGACAAAAAAUAGUAAAGCCAAAGACAUAUAUGAUAAAAUGAAGGCAGAAAUACGUAUAAUGAAAGAAGAAUUGAGUGCUAUCGAGAGAUAUAGAACACCUAAAGAGAAAAGUCUUGCACAAUGUACUUCAAAUUUGGAGGCAAUGAGAGCAACGAAAGAAGGUUUAGAGAGUGAAUUACACCAAGAAUUAAUGGCGCAAUUGUCUGUGGCUGAUCAACAUCAGGUCGAUACCUUAAAUGAUGAUAUAAGACGAUUAACUAAGGAGAAUAAAGAAGCGUUUGCAAAAAGAAUGAGAUUAGAGGCAGAGAAAAAUAAAUUAGAAAAUCUUCUAACAAAUAAUUUAGUUAGAAGGAAAGAUGAAUUGGUUCAAGCAUUGCAAGAAAUAUCUGUAGAAGAUCGACAACGUCAGCUUGAUUCAUCGAAAGCACAAUUAGCAGAUAUUGAGAAAAGGCUAGUAAAAGUUAAUGCAGAUUUUAAAGCUCAGAAUGAGAAAGUAACUAAUGCUAUGAAAAAGCAAAAAGCAGAAUCUGCUGAAGUUGAAAAGUGGAAAGUAAAAGAAAAAGAAGCACAGGAAAAAAUAGAAGCUGAUGCUAAAGAUUUAGAAAAAUUGGCGAGUAAAUUAAAUAUUUUACAGCAGAAAAUAGUUGAGUGUACACAAAAGAUCACAGAAUUAGGUGCAUUACCUAGUCACGAGGCAUAUACUAAAUUUAGUGUUAUGUCCACAAAACAAUUAUUCAGAGAAAUGGAGAAAGCAAAUAAUCAUUUAAAGAAAUACAGUCAUGUCAACAAAAAAGCCUUAGAUCAGUUCAUGUCGUUUAGCGAUCAAAAAGAAAAAUUAGUGAAACGAAAGGAAGAACUAGAUCGUGGCGAUGAAAAAAUUAAAGAGUUGAUGUCAGUUUUGGAACAACGCAAAUGCGAAGCUAUUCAAUUUACAUUUAAACAAGUAAGUAAAUAUUUCAGUGAAGUAUUUAAAAAGCUCGUACCAUCGGGUCACGCUCAGCUAGUUAUGAAAACUGCAGAUGGUGAUGAAGGAGAUGACGGUACAACGGAAGCUGCGGAUUCUGAUCGUUUUAUUGGCGUUGGAAUACGUGUCUCUUUUACUGGACAUAGAGCUGAGAUGCGAGAAAUGAAUCAAUUAUCUGGUGGUCAGAAAUCGCUAGUAGCAUUAGCUUUAAUUUUUGCAAUACAAAAGUGUGAUCCUGCGCCGUUUUAUUUAUUUGAUGAAAUAGAUCAAGCUUUAGAUGCACAACAUAGAAAAGCAGUUGCUGAUAUGAUUCAUGAACUCAGUUCAGAUGCUCAAUUUAUUACGACAACUUUUAGGCCGGAAUUAUUGCAACAUGCCAAUAAAUUUUAUGGAGUUAAAUUUAGAAAUAAAGUAUCGCACGUUGAAUGUGUGUCACGAGAAGAAGCGGCAGACUUUGUUGAAGAUGAUACGACGCACGGUUAAGACAACGUGGUUUUAUUUUAUUUAUAUGUAAGCAUAUAA